GCGAUGUUGUUUACAUCAGCCUGUAAAUAUGUCACUUCAUGGCUGCCGGUAGAUGUUUACCGUGUUGAGUUAGAUUAAAGGAAAUGUUACUUUCCACUACGCUGAUAGGGUUAGGGGUUAGGGAAACGUUUAGGAAUCAGGGAGGGACUACACAGGUAGGGACUGCACAUCGUCUUGUCUAAGCAUGUUAGCUGUUUAAAAGUGAUACAGUGGUAGAAAUGAGAUUCAAACUCAUCGAGUGGUUCUGUUUCACUUUCCAUUCCUCCUCUGGCUGUGACAAGGCGCUCCACUAUCACCUGAUUACAAGAGGAAAUCCAAUAUCCUGCUGGGGCAGCAUAUAAAUCUCAGACAAAGUGAAGUUAACAUUUGUAAAGGGGAUAGGAGGUGUUUUGUUGUUCUGGUUUAUCAUUUUGGAUAAAAGCGUCUGCUAAGUGAAUUGUAGAAUCAAAUAUUGAGAUUUAUUUAGUUUUUUGGUUACUUUUUAUAGCGCCUAUCUGGUUUGUUUAAGGCGCGUGUUAAGAUCAGUUUAAACCGUUUUGGAUACUAAGAAGAAAAAAGAUGUCGGACAUGCAGAGAUCACUACCUGCCCUGGGAAGGCUCAGUUAUGCGCUGGGACACUUUCUGAAUGACCUGUGUGCGUCCAUGUGGUUCACUUACCUACUGGUCUUCUACCACUCAGUACUGGGUUUCCAAAACUCGUAUGCAGGUGUGCUGCUGCUGGUUGGGCAGAUAGCUGAUGCCAUCUGUACGCCUCUUGUUGGCUACGAGUCUGACCGAACCCCUGGCUGUGGCAACUACGGCAAGAGAAAAACGUGGCAUUUAGUUGGUACACUAAGCGUAAUGCUGUCCUUUGCGUUCGUCUUCAACCAGUGUCUGGGCUGUGACUCCCUCACCCCUCAAUGGGUCAGUUUGACCUACUUUGUCCCGUUCAUCGUCGUCUUUCAGUUCGGCUGGGCUGCCACUCAGAUCUCCCACCUGUCUCUUAUUCCAGAGCUCGUCACAUGUGAACACGCUAAAGUAGAACUAACUGCAUACAGGUAUGCGUUCACAGUUAUAGCCAACAUCACAGUGUAUGCUUUGGCUUAUCUGCUGUUCCAUGUCCAGGCCAGAGGGGGCGAUGACCCACUCAGUGAUGCACUCGGACCAGAAGAUAUGCCUGUCUUUAGGAAUCUGGCAUUGAUUGUGCUCGGCAUCGGUGCCGUCUUCUCUCUCUUCUUCCACCUCGGGACCAAAGAGCGAAGGCCUGUAGUGGAAGGUGGCAGGGAAGAUGAGUGUGAGAGGAAGAGGACAGAGGAGGAAGAAGAGAAGGGGGAGCGGACGCCCUUACUUUUACGUCCUAAGAACAAAUCACUUCUCCUGCAAUGGAAUUGUUGGUUGAAGCAGCCUGCUUUUUACCAGGUGGCCUUACUCUACAUGUCCACCAGGUUAAUAGUCAAUCUGUCUCAGACCUACAUCUCAAUGUAUCUCAUCAACACUCUGGGGCUGCCCAAGAAGUUCAUUGCAACAAUCCCAUUAGUGAUGUUCCUUAGUGGCUUCAUGUCCUCCUUCAUUAUGAAGCCUCUCAGUAAACUCAUCGGAAAAUGUCUCACCUACUUUGUGGGUCUGCUGCUGAUCCUGGCCUUCUCCUCGUGGGUGCUGUUGGAUGACAAGAUGGGUCAGCGCGUGUACGGGGCAGCUGUUCUUCUCGGGAUGGGGUCAGCCACAAUCCUGGUCAUAUCCCUAGCCAUGACAGCCGAACUUAUUUCUAACCAGACGCAAAGCGGGGCGUUUGUUUAUGGAGCCAUGAGCUUCACUGAUAAGCUUGCUAACGGAGUGGCUGUGAUGAUCAUUCAGGCCCUGCAUCCUUGCCAUACUGUAAUCUGUUGUCCUGCAUGCGUAUGGUUCUAUCACUACAUCAUGGUCAUAGUAACAGGAGGUGUGGCCAUCAUUGCAACUCUGGCGCUCUGCUCCAUCCUCAUCUGGCCAAUCAAGAUCCGACUACGAGAUCUGCCAGACAUUUCAGAGGAAGGACCCAGAAUAAACUAAACAGCCCUCUCAGCAUUGUACCGUGACACUCCAGCUACACAACAUCUGUUCCUUUGUAAGAUCAAUCUUCAGUUCUGAGGGAAAAGCUUGCUGCACAUUAGGCACCUCUUAAAAAGGUGACAGGAGUAAGAAGGGAAUCCAGAUCAACCUAACUGGGAGAGCACUUCUACUUAUUUUUAACCUAGACUUUGUUUUCCUAUCAUUUGAAAACAAAAAACACCUUUUCAUUUCCACUUAGUCAUUGUGGUGAUUACAGUUAGUUAUUUUAAUGUAGUCGAGUUGUAAUUACUCCACCAGGUAGUAGUCAAGCCUUUUCUUCUUUCAUUUUCACUCACUUUCUACUCUAAUAAGAAACAAUUAUUCAGCACAGCAACAGCAUAGAUUACAGUUUUAAUGAUGGCAGAGUGUAAUGAAAGUUAUGAGGUAAUGUCUCAUACUUCGGGCUGUAUAAUGUACUUCCUCUUUAUACGGAGAUCAAACAACAAAAGAGAAAAAACAGCUCACAUAUGGCUCAUAUCACAGCUGCGGCUUAAAACAUUUUGAAUAUUUAUUUCAAAAAGUAAAACGUUCAUGUAAAUUAGAUUAAUUACACAUGAAGUGAAAUAUUUGAAGCCUUUUUUUAUCUUGAUGAUUACGACUUACUGCUCAUACUGAUCAAAAAUCCAACAUCUCAAAAUAUAAGAGAAUAUAUGUGAAUGUGUAGGUGUGACAUGCAGUUUAAAAGAGCUUUGAGUAGUCAGAAGACUAGAAAAGCCCUAUAAGAUCAAGUCCAUUUAUCAUCUCCAUAAAGCUUUCUGCAGAUGGAAGCAUGAAAUGCUCUAAAAUCGCCUGGCAGAUUGCUGCUUUGACCAGCAGAUGAAAUCACUUCUGACCUGAACCCUCUACAGAAUCUACGGAGGAAGAUGAGAGACCCCAGACCCAAAAAUAUAGAUGAGCUGCAAGUUCACUUCUGAAGUCCAAGUUUCCGGAUCAGAAUAAUAAUAAAGAUAAAAAAACAAAAAAGGCCUUGAAAUAUUUCACGUUUAUUAAAUCUAUAUAAAAGAUGAACUAUUUUCCUGUUCAAAAGAAACAGAGUACUGGUUGUUUAGUGGAUUUAAACAAUCUAGAUGCUGGAUAGAAUCUUUUCACACUCGAUGCAUGGGACUCUUUCUCUAAGGUCUUUAUCUCAGUGUCUCCGUUUAAAACUGGAAAAUGUUUUUGAUGAUUAAUUUAUCAUUUCACACCAUUUUUAGAAGCAUAAUGCCAAUUAUUUACUGAUUCCAGAUUAUGUAUAUUUUGAACUCUGUGUCGAACAAACUUGUGAACAUGGACAAGUUUUUUGACCUUUCUCCAACAACUGAUAAAUCAUCAAGAAAAUACUUCCAAAGAUGUAUUUUGUAUUAUUCCCUAGUUUUUAUUUGAAAUAUUAUCAAUAAUAAUAGAAAAAAGAACUGGGUGCUGAAUCCCGAAAAAUGUUCAAACAAGAAAAACAAUUAGGACAGAAAUCAUAAAUUGUAUUUUAAUUGCCACACGGACAUUUGAGCAGAUCUCUUUUUCAGCGUGUGACAGGGAAAUAUUAUCAAUACAAAGUUAAGUUAUUACUUUUAAAAGAUUACUUACUAGAUUAAGAUUUAAGAUUUUACUUUUAUUUUACUAUACUUACUUUACUUUACUACUAAUAUAUUGCCGUAGAUACAAAAUGUAGUUUAAUUUAAUUUGACUUGGGUCGGUAUAAAAUUAGAAUCCGACCCUUACUCUUUACAUCUGUAUGAAUGUGAAUGGAUACUACAGAUGAGCCAAUAGCAACCCAGCUGUCAAAUGAGCUGUUGUUGUGUGUUGUUAAGAUGAAUGAAGAAAGUUCAGUUAUCUGACUCAAGUACAAUCAUGGAUGCAUCAUGCAUAACUAAAAUUGAAUGCAUGUGCUUCAAAAGUAUUGGAAUCAUAAUCAUAAUAUUUUUGACAUUGUGUUUGAAUCAGGAAUGUUUUUCUGUUUAACCCAACCAGCCCACUAGGUGGCUGCCUGACAGGAGAAUUUAAGUGAAACCUUUAAAGAAGUGCCAAACAAUGAUGAGGGAAACCAGGUCAAUGUCAGAAUAGACUUAACUUGAAGUCAAGCACUGAAGCUGCACUGGACAAUAUGGAGCACAGCUCACCUCAAGCCACUCCAAAAGGGAACUUGUUAUAAGAGAUCUGUGACGGACAUAAGAGCCAAAAGAAAGGGAUGAGAAAGGGAAGCGUUGACCAUAUGUGGCGUAUUCCCGCUUGUUCAGGGUGAGUCCAAAAUCCAAAACAUCUCCUGACAUGGUCCAGGAGUGUGUGAACCCUGAUGGUCAAAUUUGUGUACAUAGAAGGUAACAGUCCAGAACAUUCCCAGUGAUUGAGAGGGAGGGUCUAUGUUACACUGUCUACUCUUUACUGCUCUCCUCAGCUGCCAGUAUUUUUUAAUAUCUUUUUAUAUAUUUUUUGGUUAAAGUCUUCUUCAAUUGUGACAUUAUGGAAGACUCUCUUAACCCGGGGUUAAAGCUAGCUUAAAUUACUAUGUCAGGGUGUAGCUUUAUGCUCAGGAACAACUUGUAUUGUUUUCAACUCAGUGUCUUCACAGUAACAGCUGAUGUCUUGUCAGCACUUUGCAAUAGUUAGUUUGGUUCAUGUGAAAGACAGCUCAGUCUGGUUUUCAUUUCUAGGUGGAAUGUUUCAUUGAAAGGUAAUUCAAAACCAACUCUAAAAUCCAAAAUCCAAUCCAUCAUGAUGAAAGAGGUUAAAGACCCUGUCUUCGAAGCACUUAACCUUUGUUACUGUGGUAUCAAACUUAAGUCAUGAAAUCAGCUGUCUGAGGUGUUCACCAUGCUCUUUGUAUUCUCAUGUCUGCUUCUGUCUAAACUCAGAGGAGCUUCACAGUGUUUGAUGUGUUGCUCAGGUAUAUUUCAAAGUUAAAUAUAAAGCUGUACAAUAAGAGUUGUUAUGGACACAAGGGAUUCUGGAAAUAAGGGGAUCAGAGUACAUUGUUUGUUUUUGAUAAUUGUUUUCAUUGUACAUAGUUUGACCUCUGUAUAAUCACAGACCAAAUGCAAUCUGAAUAUAUUUUGUAUCUAAAAUUAAAAUAUGAAACAUAUUUUCUUUAAUCAAAGGAAACUUGAAAGGGCUUGUCUGUGAUUUAAACUAAUUUUUAAAGGACUUGUGCAAUAAAGUGUAUUGAAAUGUG